AUGAGGCAAAAAGCAGCGAAGCUUGCAAUACGUAAGCAGAGGGCAAGUGAGCUUCUUAGGGUGUCUCUAAGGACACCAAAGAAGGCCCCGGUGCAUCUCGGGUGCCCUCUGAAAGGAUGUGAGAAGCUGUUCGGAGAGGAUGAGUGUUGGAAUAAGAGGUUGGACCAUAUUGGGAAUCAUGCAAGAGAAAAUGCCACACUUGUCGCGGGGUAUCUUUGUGGAAAAUUGUCCAUUGAUCAUUCUGAUGAUGGCGCUUUCAUUGAUUGGGCUUUGACUGAGCGUAUUGUACGCCGGGUUGGCAAAGGAUUUAGGUUAGUUGCUCCUGGGUAA